AAAACAAAAGACGAUCUUUAAGUGACAAUCGCAGUAAAAUAUACGUGUUAGGUGAUUUGUCUCAAAAACGUUUACCAAAAGAUUUAUAUAGCUGAACUGCUGAAGGUCAAAAUUGCAUAUCGUUCUAAUGUGAAAGACAGCAUACUUGUAAACAUCGCUUAUCAGAACGAUAAGCAGACAUUAUAUAAAACCAGGAUUCACAUUUUGACACCAUACCAGCCACAAUGUCUACAAGCUUCACGGUGAUCUGUUUCUUCGCUACCAUUUUGGGGGUUUCUGCGAUCUGUUCUUUUAAUUUUGAUGAUGUCUUACGAAAAUGUGGAGAUUUGCACGGAUACGACCCUAACACUGUGGCUAAAAACUACCUCACCGAAUAUUCAGAAGACGAGGGACCAAAGUUUAGGGAAUUUUUGGAUUGUGCAUGGACCGGAUGGAGAUUUUUGCGCAAUGCCGAAGUAGAUUUUGACGCGAUUAAAUCGAAAAAAGUUGAACCGUUGCUCGUCACUGGCGUCUGCGAUGAUGUGCUACAGUCAUCUAGGCCAACAGAUCCUUUCAUCGAUGCUGUUGAUACAUGCGAGGACAGCCUUCCUGCGGACAUUCGCUCUGAAAACGCUCGUCGUUGUAUUACCAAGGAAUACCAGAAAAAUAUUUGGAAAUAGUUAUGAUGGCAUAAGUAGAUGAUCAAUAAAUUUUUGUUCUUUCAA